GAUGGUGAAGAGGCGUAUGUUUCCUCUACUGAUAGCUUCUGCUCUGGCAGUCAUGGUCUACAUCAUCUUCACAUUGUCCAGGUCACAGCCAGGCAACCACCAGCACCUCUAUCCGCGCCACAUCUCUGACCAGUCCAUCACGCCUGUCAACGACACCAAACACUUCAUGGUGGGGGCCUACAAGGAACAUCGUGUGACGGGAUGCUCCGUACGCAUCAUCAGUAUCUUCAGACGAGACUCUGUCCAGCCUCUGUACUGUGUGUUCUACUGUGGGACUCACUGGGCUAAUGGAACGAAGGCUGAAGUCCAGAUGCACUCUGACCACUUUGGUACCUGCAAUUUGCUAUUUGGUUUUAGCCCUGUUUCCCCCUUCGUGACGACCGACGUCCUUUGUCCGAAUCUUCCCGACUGCAACCCGUCACACGUGACCCUCGCCACACAAGCUGACGCCAAGCUCGCUCAGAACCAAUCCUUCCUCCGCAUCCAGAACCUUGUGAAAAUGGAGGAAGAGGAGUUUCAAUUCAACUUCACUGUCUGUUGGUCCAAUUUAUUUGGUGAUUAUAACAACGUGCUUCAGGUCACCCAGACUCUGGAGAUGUACAAGUUGUUGGGAGUGCAGCAUGUUGUGGUGUAUAACACCAGCUGUGGACCAGACCUGGAGAGACUGCUACAGAGUUACACACAGGAGGGCUUUGUGGAGGUGGUGCCCUGGCCUAUCGACCAACACAUGAGCCCGUCCCGUGGGUGGCAACCCAUUGAACAUGGAGGGGACAUCCACUACUACGGCCAGUUGACCACUCUGAAUGACUGUGUCUACAGACAUAUGUAUCAGUCACGCUAUGUACUGCUGAACGACAUAGAUGAGAUUAUAACUCCAUACCAGCAUCAAACCCUGCCCCAGAUGAUGGAUGUACUUCAGAGGCAACACCCAAAGGCCGAAGUGUUCCUCAUAGAGAACCACAUCUUCCCUAAGUCCCAGUUUGAGCCCAGUGGAAAGUUUGAACGGCCCCGCUGGAGGGAUGUUCCAGGGAUCAACAUCAUGGAGCACAUCUACAGAGAGGAGCCAGACUAUCGCAUCUACCACCCUUCCAAGAUGAUAGUACGGCCCAGGGCAGUGGAGCAGACGUCGGUCCACUCUGUGCUGCGUAACUUCGGCCAGACAGUGAAGGUUCCUCCUGAUGUGUGUCAUAUCAUCCAUGUCAGAGUUCCCCUACGAGGACGACUGACCAAGAAAGAGCUGCAUGAAGACAAGAGGGUCUGGGACUAUGAGAGACAACUGGUGCCUAAUGUUGAUAAAGCACUAGAUCAAGCAGGACUACUAAUCUGAGGGUAGGAAGGAAGGAAGGAAGGAAGGAAGGAAGGAAGGAAGGAAGGAAGGA